AAGGAGGUGUGGAUAGAAGAGCGGCCCGCUGCUGGAGGGAACUCUCUCUUUACCCUGUGCGUCUCUGAAUAGUGGACCGUCGUUUACUCUCUGAAAUUAGGGGAUUAAUUUGGGGUUUAUUUCCCGUAGGUUCACGAGACUGCUUAAACUGCACUACUUCCUUCAGUUUUUAUUUUUUUAUAUACAUUUUUUUUUUAAUAAUAGUAAGUAAAAGGCGUGAAAAAUGAGCUGGACGAUGAACCGCUGUUUUGUGACUCUGGCCAUCCUGUUUCUCUGGCGGGUGGAAGAGAUGUCAGAAGCCUGCAGCUGCUCUCCUGCGCAUCCUCAGCAGGCGUUUUGCAACUCAGACGUCGUGAUCAGAGCAAAAGUAGUUGGGACAGAGGAGGUUGACUCUGGCAACGACAUCUAUGGAAAUCCCAUCAAACGCAUCAAGUAUGACAUCAAACAGAUGAAGAUGUUUAAAGGCCCCAAUCAGGAGGUGGAUGCCGUCUACACUGCCCCAACCUCUGCAAUGUGUGGAGUGACUCUGGAGACUUCUGGCAGAAACGAGUAUCUCAUCACAGGCAAGCUGGAGAAUGAUGGGACGGUGCACGUCACGCUGUGCGACUUCAUGGAGCAGUGGGAGGAUCUGAGCGCCACCCAAAAGAAGAACCUGGUUCAGCGUUACGAAACGGGAUGCGACUGCAAGAUCACUCGCUGCACCUCGGUGCCUUGCAUGAUCACCAGCCCGACGGAGUGCCUUUGGACAGACUGGAUCAUUGAGAAGUUGGUCAACGGAGAGCAGGCCAAACACUUUGCGUGUAUCAAGAGGAGCGACGACUCGUGUGCCUGGUACAGAGGCGCCGCAGCGCCCAAAAGAGAUUUCCUGGACAUUGAAGAUCCUUGAUUCCUCGAUCUCUCCACUCCACCAUCCAAACUUCUGAAGAGUUUUUUUUUACAGUUGAAAUAUACUUACUUACAUGGCAAAAACACAGAAAUAAAAAUGCAUCAAAUUCUUAUUUUAUUUUUUCUCUCUUAAGACAGCUUUAGAGCGAGUGCUUCAUGGUGAGGUUGGGGGGGAAAAAAACCCUUUUCAAGGCAGGUCUCGUGUUUUCAAUUAACAUUCUUCUGAACUCAGCACUUUUUGCCACUUCUACCCUUAAAUCUACAGCACUUCCUCAUAAACCACUUCUCCUUCAGCCGAAAUAAAAGGAAUGACCUUCACAACUCAAUAUUACCGUUUAUAGUACUCAGUUCCUGUGCUAUUAAUUGCAGAUGUUUCCCUUCUUUACAUUGUUUUUAUCUAAAUCCUUUGCUUAAAGUGAGCUAUAACUGCUGGUUGCAUUUAUACAAGUUGAAGUUCUGUGAAUCUGUGUUGAUAAAUGGCAUCAGUUGACUGUCAGCAUCCUGGGUUGUGACAGCAGAGCUAUCACAGCAAAAACAAAACAAGAGACACCUCUUUAUUUUUCUGUCCCGUGUGAGGUGUGCGAAAGCGAAACCCCCUUUCUUUCUUUUUUCUAUUCUUUUUUUUUUUUUAACCCAAAAGUGAUAAACAUGAGUGGCGUUUUACAUGAUACCACUGUGUUGUAACGAUCAGUGCUUUUGCUAUGCAACUGUUUUCUUAAAGCGAUCCUGAGUAGACAAAAUGCACUUUGAAUACAGCGGUUAUAUUGACUUUAAAGAAUAUGGUGAAAAAAGAGGAUUGAAUCCUCCAUUUGCUUUUUUUGUGUGUAAGACAGCUCUUUCAUUUGCCAAGCUGUGGUAAGUUUAAGAGCAUAUUUUAUUUAAGAUCAUCAUGAUUGACAAAAGCCCACUCUUUUAUAUUUGUUGUGACAAAGUAUUUUGACUCCACCGGCCAAAUGCAUCCAGUGUACAGUGAUGGGCACACUGUGUUCUGUCCGGCUGGUUUAUUCUGUAGAGUUUUGAAUAAAAUAACACAUUGCCAAUAUCAUUUUUUUUUUCCUGCAGAGACACUGAAAGGACCACGUGUGUCAUGCAACUGGUAUAUGACUUUAAUAUGAGAGUGUAAAAAGAUUUUUCAUUACAAACUGUAACCAAUUAUGUCUUGUGCUGGUUUCACAUGGGACUUUUGAGAUAAGAUUUUUUUUUUUUUUUUUUUUUGCAUGCGUAUCCAUCUGAAACAUUACUGUACAUUUGAAUAUUAAUUAAAUGCCAAACCCUG